AUGGCGGAGAAUUUCAUCAUGGAAGGUUUGAUCCGCUGCUUCGACUCGUAUUCAAUAGAACAGUAUCUGCCACACCGCGUGGCGAUGCAGUUUGGAAUCGAUCAGGACAUUCCGGGGCACGUCCUCCGACUAAAUGUCGACGCAAACAUUGCAUGGGCCGGUUUCACUCGACCGGUUAAGGACUCGGGAUCUUAUAUACCCGGCCGUCUAUCCGAGCCACAAUGCACCAUUCGCUACGCGGAUUGGUGGAAAAAACUGAACGGGGGAUCAAAAAAGGAGCUUGUAAGUGAUGCCUCGGAGGCUCCGAAUGUACAAGAAACCAAAAACGUAACUGUCUUCGGUGUAAAAAUUGAGGAUGACGACUUUCCUCCGUCGCCCGGAUUCCCACCGAAGGGGAAGGGAAUCGUCGUUAAAAGGAAGAUUCUUGGCAGCUCGAAUGCCAAGAUUGUGGAUUAUUACACCCCUGUUUCUCCCGGUGGCUCUGCUCUGAAGAGGCGGAAUGAAUCGGAAAAAGCGUCGGACCAAGUUUCCGGCGACUGCAGCCACCGCCGGGACGAUGAAAUGCACAGGAAGGACGACUCAUCUUUCAGAGAUGAGGAUGUGGCUGAGCCUGGUGCAUCGACAAGAGCAGACGCCGGAGAAGAAGCAGGGGAUGCGUGGAAGAUGAAGAUGAUGGAGAUGAUCAUGGAUAGAAAUUGCCGGACUCCGGUGGAGGGCAGCAGCUUGUCCGACGCAGAAUUAGCAGAGCGAGUAGAACAGCGGAUCGGGCGGAUGGAAAGGCUGGUGGCUUCGAUGAAGUCGGAGAAGAGAAGUGAUCUGCCUAUGCGGAAAUAA